ACGGUGAACGGUCACAGCACGCCGAGUUUGAGAAAGUUUGUGAGACGAGCGACUCAUGACGCUCAACGCCGAGCCGCCUCAGUGACGCGACGACAUUAAAACACGAUCCGAACGGAGACGCGAUCAGCAGACCCGCGACGCUCUUCCUGUUCCCGACGCCGAGAGAAGUUCAACUGCGUUUGUACAAACCCGAACGGAACUACACAAACAUCGGACACAAGACACAUCAUGAUCGUUCGCGUCGAAAUCAGCGACGCUGCGCUACAGACGACGCGAGUGCGUUUCUGAACGCGUGCGACAGCUUUUUGCGCGCAGUUGAAUGCGCUUUUCCUGCUAUUCUUCUGAGAGCGCUUCCUGCUCGGCUAUAAAUACUGACAGCUCACAGAAACCCUUCAGUGUGAUAUGUCGUUUAAUCUCAUGUUUGGAGAUACCUUGAGAUCUGGGUAAGGUCCAUGUUUGUGUCUCUUUGAACGCUUUAUACAAACUGUUUCUGGAGGAUGUGGGCUGAAGUGUUCCUCAAGUGACCAUCCGCCACUGUUCUGGUACAUGGAGUCACAUUGGACCACUCAUUCAUAGUUGAAGGUCCACCUUUGCACUUUGAUGGAGAGUCCAAUGGAUCUGGAUGUGUGAUGGAGACCCAUGAUCCGGACGUACAGAGAUCUCAGGGCGUCCUUGAUAAUCGACGUCCAAACGCAUCUCAUCGCAUUCAAGCCGCUUCCUGAAGCUCCAUGGAGCCUCUGAAGACCAUUUUCACCCACAGCCCGUUGUCCACCUGGAAGAGUUUGGAUCAGACCCAGAAGGGGAACUUCACCAACCCCGUUUGGACCGCCUUGUUCGACUAUGAGGCCACGGGAAAGGACGAGUUGACCCUUCGUAAAGGCGACCUGGUGGAGGUCCUGUCUCUGGAUACGGAGAUAUCCGGGGACGAAGGAUGGUGGGCGGGCAAGGUCAACAACAAAGUGGGAAUCUUCCCCUCCAACUACGUCUCCUUCAAUCCCGGGGUGGUCCAGGACUUGGGCCCGUCCGUGGUCAGCGAGUUCCAGCCGGAGAUGGUGGACUUCAGAGAGUUGAGUCUGGAGGAGGUCAUCGGGGUCGGGGGUUUUGGGAAGGUCUACCGGGGCAACUGGAGGGGCGGGCUGGUGGCCGUCAAAGCGGCCCGUCAGGACCCGGACGAGGACAUCAGCGUCACGGCCCAGAACGUCCAGAACGAGGCGAGACUCUUCGCCAUGCUCCAACACCCCAACAUCAUCGCCUUCAAGGGCGUUUGCCUUCAGGAACCCAACCUGUGUCUCAUCAUGGAGUAUGCGUCCGGUGGGGCGUUGAGCCGGGCUCUGGCCGGGUGUCGGAUCCCGCCCCACGUGCUGGUCAACUGGGCGAUCCAGAUCGCCCGAGGGAUGCUGUACCUCCACAGCGAGGCCAUCGUACCCGUGAUCCACCGAGACCUGAAGUCGAACAACAUCUUGUUGGCAGAGCCGGUGGAGCAGGGCAGUAUUGAAGGAAAGACGCUGAAGAUCACUGAUUUUGGACUGGCACGAGAGUGGCAUAAAACCACUAAGAUGAGCACAGCGGGCACAUACGCCUGGAUGGCACCAGAGGUCAUCAAAUCAUCCACCUUCUCGAAGGGAAGCGACGUGUGGAGUUAUGGUGUGUUACUGUGGGAGCUGUUGACGGGUGAAGUUCCCUACAGAGGGAUCGACGGUCUCGCUGUGGCUUAUGGAGUCGCUGUGAACAAACUGACGCUCCCGAUUCCCUCCACCUGCCCUGAACCCUUCGCUCAGCUCUUGUCCGAGUGCUGGGAUCAGGACCCUCACCGGCGGCCCAGUUUCAGGUGUAUUCUGGAUCAGUUGACGGCUCUGGAGGAGCAGGUGUUGAACGAGAUGCCUCCAGAUUCAUUUCACUCUCUUCAGGACGACUGGAAGCACGAGAUCCAGAGCAUGUUUGAUGAGCUGAGGGCCAAAGAGAAGGAGUUGCGCUGUCGUGAGGAGGAGCUGAAGCGUGCGGCGCUGGAGCAGAAGUCUCACGAGGAGUUUCUCCGUCAGCGGGAGCAGCAGUUAGCGCAGUGGGAACAGGACGUGUUCGAGCGGGAACUUUCACUCCUCAUCCUCCAUCUGAACCAGAACCACAAACCCAACGUGAAGAAGCGCAAAGGGACGUUCAAGAAACACAAACUCAAAGUGAAGAACGGAGAGAAGAUCAGCAUGCCGCAAGAUUUCAUCCAUAAGAUCACAGUUCAGGCAUCGCCGUGUUUGGAGAAAAGACGUAAUUCUCCGGAUCUGGGCUCGCCGUCCAUCGGUCCACGCUUCCGUGCGAUACAAUUGAGUCCCAGCGACAGCCGAUGGAGUUCAGUUUGGCCGCUGGAGUCGCUUCCUGUCAAGCAGAUUAAUGGUGAGAGGAGAUUCACUCCUCAUCUGAGUCCCAAAAGCCCCAAAAGUCCAAAGAUCCUGCGACUCAGUACACAGGAGAACAGUCUAUCAAUGAGAGCAAAGCUGUUGGAUGUGGACAGUAAUGAAAAUGAGGAUUCGAAAGCAGAUUUUGAGGAGUACAAACCAAUUACACCAGAAUACAGCCACAAUGAGGGCUCUGAGAGCGAGGAGGGCGGUUCAUCGCCCUGCGGCUCUCCCAAACCGGAUCAGCCCGGACCGGCAUCUCUGGCUAAGAGUACACACCACGCGCUGUUCAGUAGCGCCGCCCUGCUGGCAUCCGUCGCCCUGGGACACUGUCUGGAGCCUCAGCACCCCCCCACGCCGCCCCCCCGGGCCUCCUCACGGACUAACCUGCCUACGCUGGACCUGGAACCGGAUCGCUCUCCAGACCAGCCCGCCGAACCCGCCAUGGUGGGUGACCUGAUCUCAUUCAGCACGGACUCACUACCGCGAGUGUUUUUGGACACGUUGAAACCGGCAGAGAUCAAACAGUUACCGCUCACACCCCCUCCGCCGAACCCACGCGAGAGAGACCGGUCAGGCCGUCGCACGCCACAACACAGUCCCGGAGACUGGACGACGUAUACGAACGGGGAGAUGGCCAAUGAGAGUUCAUAUCAGAGCGGGGAGCGGCGGAGGAGAUCGAGUAACGGACUUCACUCUUCACAGCUGGUGUUGGAUCUGCCCUUGUAUCAAGACAGUUUUGAGUCCGAGGACAAAUCUCCAAUGCCAUUCGCUCUGUAUCCAGACCCUCAACUGUGGAGCCCCAAAACCCGUCGUCUAGAGGUCAACAUCAUCCCGCGCCCCCGGCCAUCCCCUGUCCGACAACGCAUUGACCCUUGGAGUUUUGUAUCCGCUGGCGUGGCAGACAAAACUGCUGCCAAGAAAGCCACUUGUUCAAGCAGUCCCACGAGCCCUCGACUGGGGUACCACCCCUCGCCCACAAACCCCUUCACAAACUGUGACCCCUUCCCUUCCCCGGACUGUGACCCCUUCAAUCUAAAGCUCGACCCUUCCAUGAACAUGGACCACUUGUCCUUUGACCCCUUCUCCACCCCUUUCCCUACCUCACGCUCCGCCCCCUGUUCGACAAACGGAAGCCCCAAUCUUUCUCUCAGGGUGGCCCCUCUAAACCUGUCGGACUCGCCGCUCAUAGACCUCGGAUGGGUGGGUGUCAACAAACCGCUAGAUGUCGCCAAAGAGCGUGCCCACCCUCGCCGAACUCUGGGGCUCAGCCCCUUCAGGUCGCCUACGCAACUUAGAGACGACAGGUUCUGAACGUUAAGUCCAGAAACAUACUCUACGCAAACAUUCAAACGCCAUGACAGUUGUUGACCUGAAAGAGAAAACUGACCGUAGAAGACCGAGAUAGUUUCCGCUAGAGUGCCCCCUGUGGCAAGACUGAGAAUGCAGCAUUUGCGUUACAUAGAACGCAACAGUCUGACUCUGUAAGUAAAAAUCCAACUGCCAUUGGUGGAAGUAAUUAUUAACGGUAACUCAUAAACCUUAAAGACAGACCUCUGACAGAUAUUGGAGGUUGUUAAUCGAAGGUAUAUGCUUCUGUUGAAUCCAGCAGUGCACGUGAUUUUAACUGCAUUUAAAGAACAAAUCGUUUAUUAAUGCAAUUUCUGGGAUAAUACUUAAGAAACUUGCACUGUGUUCACAUUCUUGCGUUGAGUAUGUUUUGGGGCUAAACCAGAGUCGUGGGACACCGGUCAAAGUAUAGCUCCCAUAAACGGGCCCUAGCAAUUGUUUGGGAUAGUUGGAUUUCCUCAAUGGAUUCGAGGAAAUCUAAAAUCAGAAGAUUUACAUUUUAUUCUGGAAGAACUUUAUAUCAUUGAGGUUUAUUUCGACGAAGCUCCUCGACAAUAGCUGAUAGGUUUAGGCCUUCCACACACGUGUCCAACUCGUCAUUCCUGACGAACUAAUUACAGUUUUAAACAUCACAAGAUGUGAAAUCAAUGUUUUCCUUUGAACUUCCUGUCUGACAUCACUUACUCAGGGUCUAAUGCCCUUCAAUCAGUGCCUGUUCAUUAUCAGUUUCAGAAGUGUUGUUCUUAGUGUUGUGUGAGAGUCGAUGUUAAAAUGAGUUUUCUGUGUAUUUUUUUAUUGGUAGAUUCCCCUGAAAAUCUGUGGCGCUUUCAAAACAUUCCUCUGUUUGUUUGAGCAACACGACAUGUCAGCUUAUGACUCGACCAAUGGCAUGAGUUAGGGGCGGGACUAUCUGCUUUUUCAACCAAUGGUAAAUGGGGAGAGUGUUUGGGAACUGCUUGAAAACAGUCAUUAUGUGCAAACAAUGCAAUCGUUCUGGCCAGGAGAUUUCAUCCUAUGAGCCACAAUCAUUUCAAAAUGAUGAAGCGUACAGUGUGAGGAAGAUGUAGAAGUUCAUGUCAAGCCUCUUGAACAAACUUCAUAUAAUAUAGGAACUCCAUUUCUAGAUAUCUCCAAAACCAAAUCAUUCAAAAUAUUGAAAAACAUUGCAGAUAUUAAAUAUUAGCAUUUUCAAUCGUUACAGAUAUAGAGCAAAUCUAUUUUGCUAGUAGUAAUUCCAUUACUGAUAUCAAGAAUUAGCAUUUUAAUUAGAUUUUAUCCCCAAUCUGGAACGCCCAAUUCACAAUCCGGGUGGUGGAGGAUGAAUCUCAGUUGCCUCCGCGUAUGAGACCGUCAAUCCGCGCAUCUGAUCACGUGACUAGUUGAGAGUGUUAACAUGGAGAUGUACCGUGUGGAGGCUUCACGCUAUUCUCCGCAGCAUCCACACACAACUCACCACACGCCCCACCGAGAGCGAGAACCACAUUAUAGUGACCACAAGGAGGUUAACCCAUGUGACUCUACCCUCCCUAGCAACGGCCCAAUUUGGUUGCUAAGGAGACCUGACUGGAGUCACUCACCACAGGCCCCGGAUUCAAACUCACGACUCCAGGGGUGAUAGUCAGCGUCAAUACUCGCUGAGAUACCCAGACCCCCUAAUUGUUGAUAUCUUUAAUUCACCUCCUGCACUUUAUUAAAUGUUGAAAUGGCUUGUGAUGGUGAUAGUGGGUGUUCCAGCACUUUAGGAAUGUUAUUAUUAAUUGUACAAAAAUAUCUCAGAGUCCAAGUUCAGCCUGAAGACAUGAUUAUUUCUGAUCUAAGAGAGCUCUCAAGUUCUGCCAUGAAGACGUCCUGUAGACAGGAAGUACCAACUUCCCCUGGUGGACAGUGUGUGUGUGUGCAGCACGCAGAUUCUCAUCUCACAUUUUAUUCCCAACAAUUAAAUUCCUUUGGGGGGGAAGGCCGUGUUCGGGAGGCAUUUUCACAUAACAAUGGCCUUCUUUGGCAUUUCGCUCCGUCAACAUACCCUGAGAUUUCUGCUGUGCCAACUCCUGUGAAAGCACAUCGAGCACAGAUUUGAUCUAUCACAAGAAAGAUUUUAUUAUUGUUCAUGCUACUGCGCCAUUUAACAACAACUUUUUGUGUGACUCAAGAAUUAAUUUAAACCUGACUCCAUAUUUUCCGAAGCUAAACAAAGUUUUGUUCAGAGAGUUGGUGAUGCUUGACUCAACAAACUCUGCUCAGUCGGUGCACGUCUCUUAUUGGCAUGUUUGCGGCUAAAACUCAUCAGAUACUUUUUAUCACUGGACGUUCAUCAUAAUCCGCUCACAAGGAGAGAUAACUGGCUUUGAAAUGACUUGACAAUCGGACAAUAUCUAGAAAUAGCACACAGAAUCGACUUUAGCUAUUCUUGCGUGUUUUGCUGCCAUUUUUGAAGUGUAAACAGCGUGUGUAUAAGAUCACCAUCUGCUUGGGAACACUGAAAGGAUGACGUUUAAGGCUGCAGUCUACCCAAGUACGCAAACGCAGAUGCAAUCGUGCGGCCACCGCAUUGCCAAUGUCCCUGUAAGCACACGUUCAUCACCCUGACGUCUAUUUGAUGUGUGUGUGUUUACAUCUGGAAGACAUGUUUUACUUGGCAAUAAGACAUUCAGCAGAUGUCUUUGAGACUUUUAUGACUUGAGGGUUUGGAAACCUGAUCUUUUUAUGAUGUUUAGCAGAUGUUAAUAAGAUCUGAAACUGACCUCUCGGAGACGUGUGCUGUCCGAGGCACAGUCCGAUUAAACGGGCGAUCUUGUGUUACUGUGGCGGGAACAAACCUCGAUACUCACGUUGACAAUCGAUUGUCCUUUAAACUCCUGUGCCGCUAAAGGUGAAGUAUGUCGUUUCACUAGCGCCACCAGACGAGAUUAUAGAAAUACAGCUUUGUCUGCCGCUGUUCAAACAGUCCGAUAGUCCCGCCGCCAGCUUGCGUCAUUGGUUGAGUAUCGUUGUUGGGGCGGGUCUAAGUUGGUCGCUCAAAACAAAUGGGAGCACCAAAGAGACGGUGCUUACAGUUUUAGAGAAUAUUUACCUUUUAAUGGCUUACUUGUGGAGAUAGUACUUGAACGCAGAACAAUUUACAUCAAAUUCAUCUGAUACAGAACUCACCAGAGUGGUGGACAGUUCACACUACGCUCAGUAUAGUGCCCCUUGUGGUAACUUUGAGAAUGCAAUGCAUAUUUACGUUGGGUUUCGAACACAAGAUGCGUUCAUGUACUUGCGAAGGGUUGGUUUGGCCUAAAGAACAAUCGGAAUCGCUGAUUGGUGGAUGAUUCAUGGGUCAGGCCACUUGACUAGUGGUCGAUCAAUGCACGUAUUUAAUGGCCGAUCCCGCUAUCUAGAGAGCGUGCUGAAGAUGCGAUUAAAUUGAAAUAAAAUGUUCCACAUUUUUAUUCGAAAUAUACCAGCCAAAGCCCAAAACAGACUUCGUUUUUUACUUAAGCGCUUAGCGUCUGCGUUUAGUUGAGCUCUAGCCUUUCAAAAUAUUCUUAAGUUGACGGUGCGCGCAUACACGGGCGGUUGGUGCAUGCGCGCUACGACUGCUACGAGAUGCUAUUUCUCUUCAGGAGUUUAGACCCAUACAGAUGUAUUUUUAUUCCUUCAGGCUCGAGUUAUACAGAUGCCGUUAUCUCCUGACCUCCUCAUACUUGUGCUCGUGACGUGCAUAUCUACUGUUAUCAGCGAUUACAUCCCCUUCAAGCGCUUCCUCGUGACAGCAGCGGCUCCAUUGUGAGUGUUGCCACCUUGUGGACCCACUAAAUAGUGCAGGCGUAUGGCUGGGGGGGGUGCAGCUGUCUUGUUGUGCUCUCCACACCAUCGUACUGUACUGGGUCUUUGACCUUUUUUUUCAAGCUAUCGAUAUUUAUUGAAACCUUUUACACACUGGAUUCAAGACAUCUGAAAAAGGUCACAGACACACUCCACAUUAGGAUGCUUUAUUAUUAUUAGAAAGAUUCUUUAUGUUUUGUACUUCACUGGACUUAUGGGUGCUGCAAAGGGUCAAAUCUGUGUCUUUACAAUAUCAAAAAAACAAGUCGUAACAGAAUAACUUUAAAUGGACCGUGUGCCUUGAUUGAAUAGAAAUACUUGUUUUUACUGUCUCUUUUGUGUUCAUGUCUUUGUUGUCUUUUGAGAUGUCCUUAAAGUCGACCACAACACUCCAGAAAUCUCUCUCAGGCGCACAGAUUUAUAUUUCACACUGUGUUUUCUCCGAACGAUUUGACAGUCCCUCUUACCUGCUACACUUCUAUAUUACUGUUGUUGUUUUAUUAGAGAUUUUAGGCUUGUCACAUGGUGUCUUAACCAGGCACGACACAAAGACGAAAGUAAACAUGUGUCGUCCAUUUUAAUCUGUUUUUGCCCUGAGACAAGUCAAAGACUUUCGUUUUUUCGGUGUGUUCCUGCAGUGUUGUGCUGCAUAGCCCCGCCCACACUUAUAAAUCUCAUUGGUCCAAAAUCCUGUUGAGUUACAUCACCGUGUUUGGACUGUCUGUAACUGUUGAUCAACAGUGUCACAUGCAGUGUGAACAGACUAUUAACUUUCAUGGAAACCUGUCGCGCCUGUUUAUGACACUGUGUAACGAUAUAUCCAUAUUUUGUGAAGCCCUUGUAACAACUGUCACAUUGUUUGUUUUUGUUGUCAUUGUUAUGUUGUUUGUGUUUGUUUUAUCAGUGGGCUGGGCCUAAUCACUCAAUUACUUUGCGUUUUAAAGUGUGUGUGUGUGUGCAUUUGAAAUCGUGCACAUGUUUCUGUUAAAGAACGUGUACAUUUGUGGUAACACGUUCUAUGAAGCCCAUAUUUAUGAUGCAUUAGUAAUAUCUCCUAUUACACCUUAUAAUAUGUUAUAACUUCUCAUAAAUAAUUGUAAUUACAAUUCUCACACUACCUAUUCAUAGUUAUGCCUUGGAGUAUAAUGCAUUUACUCUGCAGAAGUUAUAAUGCGUUAUAUAUAACUGUAAUGUGUAUAAUAGGAGUGCUUUAAGUAAAGUGACUGAAGCAAUGUUGUCUUAAAAACAUCUAUAAGAUAUUUUUAAGUGGUUAUAAGACAUUAUAAGUCAUGCUGGAAGUUAUAUAGAUAUUCAAUGUAAAUUGAGAUAUUAUGAAAUAAAAGGUUCAAAUAUAUCAGAAAAUCUCUCUUGAGAAAAAAACAUAUGUAUGCGUAUCAUUCAUGUAGCCGAUAUUCUUGGGUGUAAACAAACCCAAUAAAAAUAAUAUUAUUUUAUUAUAUUUAUAUUAUACUUAUUCUAUACUGAACUUAAUAAUUCAAUUAACUUUCAUGUUUAUGCAUCUUAUUUGGAGAUUUAUUUGAUAAAUAACUUCCAUUAUAUAAGUUUGCCUUUUAAUACAUUGUUAAAAAGUUUGUGUAAUACAUGUUACAAUUUUUUGUCUGUUUAUUAGAAGAUAUUGCAUUUGUAACUUAAAGCAGCCAAAGAGCACUUAUAAUAAUGUCAUAAACUGUUUUCAUUAUACAUCACUUAUACUUUAUUAACUUCUGCUUUGUUAACAAUAGAUGUUACAAUGCAUUAUACUCUAAAGUAGAACUAUGUAUAACGGAAGUCUUGUAUUAUAACUGUAGUUAUUAUCAUUUAUGAGCAGUUAUAACUUAUUAUAAGAUGCAUUGAGACAUUAUGAAUGCAUUAUAAUUAUGGGCUUCAUGGAAAGUGUUACUGAAUUUGUUUAUUUUGCUAAUUGUAAAAGGUUUUAACCUGUGGAACUAUAAGAAAAGGAAAAACCAAAGACCAAAUAAAAUGUAACACGACUCUAAAAG